UAUCACAGUUCUUGUAUGUUACCAUCUAUUUUGAAUAGAUAAUAUGCAAUACACUUAAAAUGGCACUGUAACCAUGCAUGGAAGGGUGAGGUGAAUAAGAAAUAGGGUAUAAUUACAUACAUUACAUAAUUACACAUGCCUCAUUUUCUCAUUAAGAGUGUCUCACAUGUGGGCUUCCAAAGUGCGUUUAGUUGCUUUAUAAAGAGGUUUUCUGUGUAAGCUGAGCUCGUACUAGUCUGGAUAUUACAACCCUAUCAAAUGCUUUUGAAUAAUGUUCUUUUUUUCCCCAGGAAAAUGUUGAACGUAGAAUCUAGAUCAAAUCCUGCAUUCAGGUAAGUUGUUGAUUGAGAUUACAUUUAUGGCAUGUAGAGCUUACAGAUAUGACCCAAUCUCCAGCGGUGAUUUGGGGGUGUCUGACCCACCCUGAAGACUUGCUUUCGGAAGCAGCAUUUGACUUGCAUCAAACACAGAGACACUCAAUUGUUCAAGUUUUCUCUUUCUUACAGAUGUCGAUGAGAGGCUGAAUCACAACCCCAGUGCCCUGCGUUGCCUCCCGGACACAAUGCGGCUCCCACCAGCACGCUGGGCCGUAGCUUGUAAGACUUGGCGCUACUCUCUGCAGAAUAAGGCAAGACUAACCAGGCUGAGUGCAUCUCUCCGAAGGCUUUCUCGUGGGGAGGCUACAGACUGAGCAGCUGACAAGAAAUCACAAUAGACGUGAUGUCUUCUAGAAAGAGCUGCCAGCCCCAGACGCUGACCAAACCGGCGCUUGAUGAGACAGAAGCAGCUGAGCUGGUCGACAGGGUGUUUGGGUUAAGGGUGUCCUGGAUCGCGCUGCUCCCCAGCUACGACGAUCAGAAUUUCCACGUGCGUGUCUCCAGAGACGGAGGCGCUGACGAGUAUGUCCUCAAAAUCACCAAUUCGGAGGACAGCCGGGAGCCCGACCUCAUUGAGGCGCAGACCCGCGCCAUGAUGUUCCUCAGCGCUGAAGGCUUCCCUUCGGCUAUGCCUCAGCUUACCAAAGAUGGUACCAUAAUGUCUCUGGAGUCAGCUAGUGGAUGUGGGAACAAGAAGUACAUGGUCCGACUGCUGACGUACCUGCCAGGUACACCUGUAGCAAAGAUUGCAACAAACGCUCAGAUUUUCUACGAGAUCGGUAAGCUAGCUGCCAGUUUGGAUAAAGCGCUCUCAGAGAAAUUCCAUCAUCCAUCAGCAAAGAGUCUGCAUCGAGGUCAGUUCAUUUGGAACCUGGCCAACGUUCCUCUUCUAGACCAGUACCUUUAUGCCUUGAGCCAGAACAAAUACCGUGAAGUUGUGGAACAAGUUAUUGAGCAGUUCAAAGGGAAAGUGAUACCCAAACUAAGCAGUUUCCGAGCCUGUAUCAACCACGGCGACCUCAAUGACCACAACAUUCUCGUUGUCUCCAGCGCCGCUUCCACGCAGCAUCCUGAGUACAGGGUGUCCGGCAUCCUGGAUUUCAGCGACAUGAGUUACGGCUAUUACGUGUUUGAGGUGGCGAUAGCCAUCAUGUACAUGAUGAUCGAGAGCCCGGAUCCCCUGGGGGUCGGCGGGCACGUCCUGGCCGGGUUCGAGAGCGUCCUGCCCCUCAGCGGGGAGGAGAGAGCGGCCCUGUUCCUGCUGGUGAGCGGCCGCUUCGCGCAGUCCCUCGUCAUCGCCGCGCACAUGGCCCUGCUGUACCCCGAGAACCGGGAGUACCUCAUGGUCACGGCCAGGACGGGCUGGAAACACUUAAUGAAGAUGUUCGAGGUGGGACAGGAGGCGGUGGAGAGGACGUGGUUCGAGACCGCCCGCGCAUACGUGACCCCCGGCGGCUGUGAGGAGCCCCCAGCGGGCCAAUAAAGGCGCUGCUGGCCGUGA